GGUUAAGGUAUAUUUGACUUUUGGCUCCUUUUUAAUCUAAAAAAAUAAGUGCAAUAUAAUCUUAUCAUUACACACCUUUUAAAAUAAUAAUUUAUUUGGUCAAUGGUCUUCUUUUGUUGUCGCCAAAAAAAUGCCUUCAAGAUCAACGACGAAUCUGCUGAAGCAACUACGAAGUUUUAUGCAAAAUGCGAGCUAUGUAAAUGAAACGAUCCAAGCUUACAUUGUCCCUUCGAGCGAUCCUCACGGAAGUGAAUAUUUGGCAGGUUGUGAUGAACAUCGAGCCUACAUAAGCGGUUUCACCGGCUCGGCCGGAACGGCCGUCGUCACCGAAAAGCAGGCUCUUCUUUGGACUGAUGGCAGGUAUUUUCUGCAGGCCUCGCAACAGCUUGAUGAAAAUUGGACUUUGAUGAAAGAGGGCCUUCCACAAACACCUUCACAAGGUACGUGGCUGACGAAAAACCUGCCGAUGGGUUCGAGAGUGGGCGUCGAUCCGAAAGUCUAUUCUCACGAUAAAUUCGUCUCAUUGCAGAAAGUGUUGGAGGGCGCGGGGCAAAAGUUGAUCCCGAUCGAGGGUAAUUUGGUGGAGGCGGUUUGGGUGGACAGACCUAACAGGCCUACCAACCCCGUGCAUCCUCUCGGCCUGCACUACACCGGCAUGCCGCUGAAAAACAAGUUCCGAGACAUUCAGUCAGCGAUGAAGGAGAAACACGCCAAAUACUUGGUGCUCACCAAGUUGGACGAGAUUGCUUGGUUUUUAAAUUUAAGAGGCGGCGACAUUAAAUACAACCCGGUGUUCUUUUCGUACGUGGUUCUGGCCGAAAAUUCCUACGUCAUUUUUAUAAACCCAAAGCAGUACAACGAAGAGAUCGGGCAGCAUUUAAAGGCCGAAUCCGGCGACAUAAAGUUCCAAGUCGAGAGUUACGAGAGCAUCGGGUGCUACUUGAAAGAGAUCAGCAAGAACGUGGACGGCGGUUUCGUUUGGUUCUCGGACGCGGCCGGCUACGAUUUGACCAGCACCAUCCCGAAAAAGUCCCUUCUGACCGAAAUGACGCCCGUUCAGCUGAUGAAAGCGAUCAAAAACAGCGUGGAGAUAGAGGGCAUGAAGAGGGCGCACAUCAAGGACGCGGUGGCCCUCUGCUGCUACUUUUCCUGGCUGGAGAAGGAGGUCGCGUCGGGCGCGAAAAUCACCGAGAUAUCGGGAGCGAAUAAGCUGGAGCAGUUGCGAAGCGAGCAGGAGGACUACGUCGGUCUCUCGUUCGAUACGAUUUCGUCGGUGGGACCGCACGGGGCCAUCAUUCAUUACUCGCCUUCGGAGAGCACCGACGUGCCCAUCACCAAUCAGACCGUCUAUCUGUGCGAUUCCGGCGGUCAGUACAAAGACGGGACCACCGACGUGACCAGGACCAUGCACUUCGGCACCCCCAGCGAUCUGGAGAAGAAGACGUACACGCUGGUGCUAAAGGGACAGCUGCAAUUGGGAAGGGCCGUCUUUCCCUCCAAGAUAAAAGGCAACUGUUUGGACAGUUUGGCGCGCCAAUUCUUGUGGGAGGUCGGUUUAGAUUACGGGCACGGCACCGGCCACGGCAUCGGCUCCUAUUUGAACGUGCACGAAGGUCCGAUGGGAAUUUCGUGGAAACCGAUUCCGGACGAUCCCGGUUUGGAUGCCGGCAUGUUCGUAUCGAACGAACCCGGUUAUUACGAGGACGGACUAUUCGGCGCCCGCAUCGAGGACAUCGUGCAAAUCGUCCCCGCCAACACCACUUACAACUUCAAUCAGCGCGGAUUCCUUACCUUCCACACCAUCACCUUGGUGCCGAAACAAACCAAAAUGAUAGAUGUUGCCAUGCUUACGGACAGAGAGAUCAAGCAGCUCAACGACUAUCACGUGGAAUGCAGGCAAAAGAUUGGACCCCUUUUGGAGAAACCAGGCUACAUGGAAGCAAAACAGUGGCUAUGGAAGGAGACUGAACCCAUAUCAAGAUAAUUAUAUUAAUCAUUCCAUUCAUACCGGAUGACAUUAAAUUUCAUUGUUAUACCUACCUUAUGUAUUUUAUAUCAAAUUUUAUUACAAAUAAUUGAUUAUAAAUAAAUAAACAUAUACAACAUCA